GCAGCGAGUUGAAGAACUCGUCAGACAAGGGCGUAGUGCCUUUGACAGUCUCGUCGCCAAGCAAUUCGAAAGAAUGGAGUAGAAAAUGGAAGAAAAGGAAGAGGAAAGAAAGGAUUUCUCAAUAGAGACAAUGGAGGAAAACAUUAGACAAUUAGAGAAAUCCCUUACAGACGAACGAAGGAAGAUUGAAGAGUAUCGGAAGAGGAAAGAAGAAAAAGAGCAGCAAGAGAGGAUGUUAGAAGAAAUGAGAGAAAAAUUUAAUUUCGAGGACGUGGAAAUUGACCUCUCGUUCGUAUUGCAAUCUAUUAUGGCCUACCUUGUUCAUCUUGAGAGAAAGAUCGAUGCUAAUACCGUCUCCUUGCAUAUUGUGACAAGACUGGUGAAGGGAAAGGAUAAGGUAAAUUUUGAGGAGGAGACGAAGGGGGAAGAUAGGAAACCACCCCAGGAGAAACUCAUGAAAGAUGCAAUACGGACGGUAGAGAAACCGGGACCCUCAAAGAAAGAGUCUGAGAAACCAGCAAAGAAGAAACAAGAACCUACUGAAAAGAAGGAAGAGUCGGCCAAAGAAAGUGAGAAGCCGAAGAGGAAAGAAAAGGUAAAGAUGAAAUUGCCAUUCACAUACAGUAAUAAGGAGGAAAAUUUGUUGUUGUGGAUUGCGGAAAUCCAGACUUACUGUGGGACAGCACCCAUUGAGCCCGAAAGUCAGGUCGCUUUCUCCACGUCUUGUCUGGGAAGAGUGGCCAAGGAAUGGGUGUUGGCCGAAGCCAAUGCUGCUGGGUUCGAGGACAUAGGUGAGUGGGCAAAAACACUUACUCUCAGACAAUUUCUCCAAGAUAUUAAGGAGAGAUUUCUCGACAAGACGACAACCGAUAUUAAGGACAGAUUUCUCGUCAAGAUGAGAACCGAUAAAGAUUUCGAUGAGCUCACCACCAUUGGCCAGAAGCGUUGGUCUUCAGUUGAUUCACUGUCGCGUGAAGUUGAUCGUCUGUUGCAGGUACUUGGACUGAACCUUCAGGAGAAACUCAUGAAAGAUGCAAUACGAAUGGUAGAGAAACCGGGACCCUCAAAGAAAGAGUCUGAGAAACAGGCAAAGAAGAAACAAGAACCUACCGAAAAGAAGGAAGAGUCGGCCAAAGAAAGUGAAAAGUCGAAGAAGAAAGAAAAGGUAAAGAUGAAAUUGCCAUUCACACACAGUAAUAAGGAGGAGAAUCUGUUGUUGUGGAUUGCGGAAAUCCAGACUUACUGUGGGACAACACCCGUUGAGCCCCAAAGUCAAGUCGCUUUCUCCACGUCUUGUCUGGGAGGAGUGGCCAAGGAGUGGGUGUUGGCCGAAGCCAAUGUUGCUGGGUUUGAGGACAUAGGUGAGUGGGCCAAAACACUUGCUCUCAGACAAUUUCUCCAAAAGAUUAAGGAGAGAUUUCUCGACAAGACGACAACCGAUAUUAAGGACAGAUUUCUCGUCAAGACGAGAACCGAUAAAGCUUUCGAUGAGUUCACCACCAUUGGCCAAAAGCGUUGGUCUUCAGUUGAUUCACUGUUGCGUGAAGUUGAUUGUCUAUUGCAGGUACUUGGACUGAACCUUCAGGACAACCAGGUCCUUUAUAUCUACUCACGUGCUUUACCCGAGCCUAUUCGCGGAUAGCUCGUGGCAGAAUCAAAGUCUGGGAAGUAU